UCCGGGAAGCUGAAGGAGCCGGGUUAGGAAACCGGGGCGUGUGAUGUAGAGAGCUCAGCCUGGCACGCCGUGGCGCGCGGCGGACGCUUGGCUUCCCUCCACUCCUCUCGCAGCUGGGAGGAGUUGAGGCUGGGAGUCGGUGAAACGCUCUCACCUGUCGGAACCCGGAUCUGGGCAGGGAGCAGGGCCUGGCGGCCAGAGCAGGGUGGUCACAGCAACCUCGGCUGGAGGCCCUCCCCGCGCUGGGACGCCACAGCCAGGGAGGCAGGUGUGGGAGCUGCUCCCAGAGACUCUGGCCGCCCCCACCCGCGGGUCCGCGCUCCGGCUCCUUGCUCGCCCCUUUCUCCCACACUCGCCAUCCGCAUGCUGUGCCCCAAGGUCAACUCUUGCAGACGCCCAGGGUUGCAGGUUCGAGACGCUCCGCCUCCUUCUGGCACUUAGAGCCGUAAGCACUAGCAGGAACCUUCUCUGUUGGUCUUAGUCUGCGGUCAUUGCUGAGGUUUUCGGAAGCUUGGCUUCUAACCGACGCCGUGCCUGCACCCUGCCUGGGAUACCCCCAGGCCUGGGAGAUUCCGCUCUCCGGCACCGACGCCCCAACUUUUUACGUGCUGUCUGCGCUCCCUGACUGGGUGUCCACCUCCGGUGCCAGCACCGUUCGCAACUGAGCUCGGCUCGCCCUCUGCUCCCCGGGUGAGUGCAGGCUGCGCGAGCCCGGAUCCCGGGUGCACUUUUCAGUGCCAGCGCUUGGGACUCACCUCCGCCUCGGAGCCCACCCGGGAGCAGAGACUGAACCCCGAAGGUCCAGGCCUCUUACUCCGAAACUCAAGUCGGCCCCCGUCAUUUCUCUCCGAAGCCGGGCGCCCGUCGCGGGUGGGCCCGGCGAGCGGCCGGGGGAAGGAUCCGGGCGCUGCGGGCCACGUCGCCCCGUCGGUUGCAGCGAGCACCAUGGCGGGCUGCUGCUGCCUGUCCGCGGAGGAGAAGGAGUCGCAGCGCAUCAGCGCGGAGAUCGAGCGGCAGCUUCGCCGGGACAAGAAGGACGCGCGCCGGGAGCUCAAGCUGCUCCUGCUGGGAACCGGGGAAAGUGGCAAAAGCACCUUCAUCAAGCAAAUGAGAAUUAUCCAUGGGUCUGGCUACAGCGAUGAAGACAGAAAGGGGUUCACGAAGCUGGUGUACCAGAAUAUAUUCACCGCCAUGCAGGCCAUGAUCAGAGCCAUGGACAUGCUGAGGAUCCAGUAUGUGUGUGAGCAGAAUAAGGAAAAUGCCCGGCUGAUCAGAGAAGUGGAAGUAGACAGGGUCUCCGCACUCUCCAGCGAGCAGGCGCAGGCCAUCAAGCAGCUCUGGCUGGACCCAGGAAUCCAGGAGUGUUACGACAGGAGGAGGGAAUACCAGCUGUCAGACUCGGCCAAAUAUUACUUGAGUGACAUUGACCGGAUCGCCGUGCCGUCGUUUGUGCCCACACAGCAAGACGUGCUUCGUGUCCGAGUGCCCACAACUGGCAUCAUUGAGUAUCCCUUUGACCUGGAAAACAUCAUCUUCCGGAUGGUAGAUGUUGGCGGCCAGCGAUCCGAGAGACGGAAGUGGAUUCACUGCUUUGAGAGCGUCACCUCCAUCAUUUUUUUGGUUGCUCUGAGUGAAUAUGACCAGGUCCUGGCCGAGUCUGACAAUGAGAACCGCAUGGAGGAGAGCAAAGCCUUAUUUAAAACCAUUAUCACCUACCCCUGGUUUCUGAACUCAUCUGUGAUUUUGUUCUUAAACAAGAAGGAUCUUUUGGAAGAGAAAAUCAUGUACUCUCAUCUAAUUAGCUAUUUUCCAGAAUACACAGGCCCAAAGCAGGACGUUAAAGCUGCCAAAGACUUUAUCCUGAAGCUUUAUCAAGACCAGAACCCGGACAAGGAGAAAGUCAUCUACUCCCACUUCACGUGCGCUACUGACACGGAGAACAUCCGCUUUGUGUUCGCUGCUGUGAAAGACACGAUUCUGCAGCUGAACCUGAAGGAGUUCAACCUCGUUUAAAAGCUGCCGCCCACUCCUCCUCACGACCGGAAGGCAGCCCCGUGUUUUACUGCCGAGUGCUCCUGGCGUCAGCUGCCCAGCCCGUCUGCGGGCCACGGGGACAGAGACGGGUGAGGGAGCUUGUGCAAUACUGGAGGUCGACAGAGCUUUUAGAAAGUCCUCAUUCCAAAAUUGUUUUUAUAGUUCUUUUCUUGACUUUGGCUGUAAGGUUUUGUGUAAUUUUUGAAUUUGAGGUUUUAUAGAAUUUUCAAAAGCCACUGGGAUUUGCUGUUUCUUUCAAAAUUAGAUUUAAGUGUGUUUAACAGCCAUUAGAAAAUCACGUAACAACAGGGCCUAUUAAUUUUGGAUAUCAUGGCUUGAGGCCUCUAGGAUUAGAUGGGGUGACUUUUUUAAAAAAAGUUGUUUUAAGCUUUUUAUUAAAUCUUAUAAUUUUGAGGCAUUUAAAAUUGUUUUUGUUUUUAUGCUGAAAAGUAUGAUGCCUUUACAUGCCACCAAAGAUUUUUAAAAGUGGCUCUUUGUGUUAGCUUUCUACGCCAAACUAAUGACCAUGUCAGUCCACUUAGUCUGGUUUUGCCGCAGUUUGAUCACCACGAAGCCAAAGUCGACGCAAGGCGAACUGGCUCCGGAGAGCGGGCACAGGUUAUAUUGUUAACAAUGCGUGUGUGUACGCCAGUGCACGUGACCAGGUCUUACACACUUAGGAAGUGGCUGAAAGCCGCGGCUGUUUAAGAAACGUGAUGUAACCCUGCCGAAGUUCUGCUGGCCACCACAAUGUGCCCUUUAUAAACCGUGUGCGCUGUGCCUUUCUGAGGAGGCUGCAAAUACACCAUUCUGCUGUUA